AUCGCCAGGCACUUGAUGCACAAUUAGUGGCGCACAAGUGCUCGGCAUUCUUCGCUUGUUUUGACAAGUGCACACAGUUAUUAUUUCCCAUCUUCACGCACAAUUUGUCGUCACUAGCCGAUGACUUAAUUCAUUUAGCAGAACAGAGCAGAAAAGAACAUAAAAGUACUGGGAUCUGGAUACUUGUACAUAGAGCAGUGGCUAUAUAGUCGGGGAAUCGGUCAGGGAAUCCGUUCAGUUGCUCUCAAAUCGCUGCCUUCGACGGAUGGCGGUCGCAUCAUCAUCAUCAUCAUCGUAUUUGAUGGCUGUGUUUGCCCAGGAUAGUAACAGUAGUGGCAGUGCCAGCGGCAGUGGAUGCAGUGGGGCAGCCGCCGAUUCCGAGGACUCCCUGAUGGGCCAGGAGAUCGGCCAGGGGAGUCAUCAGGGGAGCCACAGGAGACGACCGCCGCGCCAAAAGAUCAACGCCAGGGAGCGCUACAGGACAUUCAAUGUAAAUUCCGCCUACGAAGCACUAAGAAAUUUAAUACCCACGGAACCCAUGAAUCGAAAGCUCUCAAAGAUCGAGAUUAUCCGCCUGGCCAGCAGCUAUAUAACGCAUCUUAGUAGCACCCUUGAAACAGGAACUGAAUGCCAGCCAUGUUUGCUACACAAAUACGAGAACGAAGGAAUCACCAGGCGAAUCAGCAUCUGCACCUUCUGCCUGAAAACCAAAUGAAAUUAUUGAUAACCUGAACAUUUCUUUAUUUUUUUAUAUUUUUUUGUCGUAUUUAUUGCAUUUGAAAAUCUAUUUUAAAAUUUGCGCCUAAGUGCAGCGCCAUCUAUUCUAAUCUUCUGGAACUUUGAAAGUGAACUGCUUGCUGAACUGCUUUUCGGCACAUUAUUAUUAUUCGAUCUCGUUAUGUAUA